GCCUGCUGGGCCUGCUGGUCCUGCUGCUAAGGGACUACGCUACUGGAGCGCGCUGCACGACAGACAUAAGCCGGAGAGACGGGACGGGCACGAGCGACGAGCGCAGAGAUGGGCCGAGAGUGCUAGGGGGUCAUAGUGCGUUGGGAGACGGGACGGCGAGCGAGCGAGCGAGGGAGGGAGGGAGGAAGGGAGGGAGGAGCAGACGACGAAGGCCGCGAGGAAGGAGCGAAUGGGAAGGAUGGCGACGCCCGACGACAAUGCCCGGCGCCCGGCCGCGAGAAAGGCCGGACGAGUGAAGGCGGUGCAGCAGGGGGAGGGCGGGCACGCCGCAGGAGAGCGAGCCGAUACGCAUCGGCAGACAAGGUCUGUAGAAAAGUGGUGCUGAAUGCGGGAGCUGGCUCUUAUUCGCCGCAGCUCUAGCCUCCUCUCCUCUCCUCUCCUCUCCUGCUGCUGCUGCAGCUGCUGCCGAGUAAAGCCCUGUAGCUUUUCUCUCCCUCUCUCUCGUGGUGCCUUGGCAGCGAGUGGUUGCACCAAGAUCACGCAAAGUCAUUUGACGUCGACUCCGGGAAUGCAACAGCAGUUGUCGUCGUCGUAGUAGUAGCUCGACUCCUCCAUGCUCAAGAAGAGAGAGAGAGAGAGAGAGAGAGAGAGAGGAGGAGGAGGUGAAAUUCGGGCAGUCCGUGGACGAGGUCAUAGAGGGGGCGCAUUUAACCUCUUGUGCUGCUGGUCGCAGCCGAGAACUGGUCGUGGCCCGCCCGCGUCGUUCGUCUUUCUCGAGCACCUGACAAUGGUGGGGGAGAAUUCGAUUGGAGCAGCGGGCGAAGGCGCCGAUGAGUCGGUGGUGCUUUAGUGCGCCGUCCAUCGUUCCGCUUUACGGUCGAUGCCAACUUCUGGUGCUGAGUGAGGCUGGACAGUUGUGGUGUCGACUUCUGAUUUCGACAAUGCGGGCUUUGAGAUAGCGGCCUGGCUGCUGGCUCGUCUUACGUGGUCCGAAGAGGAAGGAACCCCGUGCGCACACAGGUGUCGAAGGAGGAUUGCGCGCGUGCCUUCGUCUUUCGCACCCGCUCGUGGAUUGAACGCGAUGGUUCUUGGUGGGGGCAGUGUUGUGGAUGUGGGGGUUGGAGGUUCCGGAGACGGCCAUGUCGGAGGUCGUUUGCCCAUCUUAGAAGAGCAUGACCGAUCCUAGGAACCUCGAAGCUCGGCUCCAUGGCAGCAGCUCGCAUUGUUCAAGAAUGCAGUAUCUCGGGCACGAGUUGAAUACAGCUCUCGCGGGGCUCGAGCUCACCGGAUUCACUGAGUCGACCACGUGCUUGAAUCUGCUCUGCACGUCAGCCUCUUCUUUUCUUCCUUGCUGUCGAAACAGCGCGCAGUUUUUUUCUCAUCGGAGGAGUCUAGACAUUGUGAGUCGCCCAUGACAAUGGCAUUGUCGCCAUCCACUGGCACUUGUUCGGAUUAUUCUCAAAAUGACGCUGUUCUCGGAAGCACACCGAAGGUCCAAGGCUCGGUAGCCGAUACCUACGAAACGUACGAGGACUUUCUGGAGUCCGCCGUGAUGAAAUGCAACAGCGGCAACGGAAUGAUGGUUAUGAAUCUCGCCUACUCCUCCGACGCGGACUUCGCCCGGAAAGAUGAUGGCAGUCACGCCAGCAGCUCGAGCAUGGGCCAAGCUCUCAUGAACAACAUCAGCGCCUGGUGCGAGUUGACUGGGCUCCCGACAACCAUCACGGUGCACAUUUGGGAUCGGAGCUUUCACCUGCACAAGUUCCCUCUGAUAACUCGCAGCGGGUACAUGAAGCGCAUGCUAAUGGAUUCCAAGGAGGUGAAGAUCCCGCACGAUUGUCCCGGCGGGCCCGAUACGUUCGAGAUUGUGGCGAAUUUCUGUUACGGCUCGACCAUUCAGAUGGACUCGUCCAACGUUGCGGAAUUGCGCUGCGCCGGAGAGUACCUGCAGAUGACCGAGGAGUACGUCAAGGGCAACCUGUGCGAGAGAAGCGACUUGUAUCUGAGCCAAGUCGUGCUGCAAAGCUGGCAGGAUAGCAUGCUCGUACUGCUGCACUGCCAGAAUCUGCAGCCGUAUGCCGAGGAUCUGCGGAUAGUGAGCCGCUGUGUGGACGCUCUGGCCUUCAUGGCGUGCAUGGAGAUGGUUGACCCGCUCGAGCGCACGGCGAGGCCCGGAAUGUCAAUUGAGAGCCAGUUCUGGAGCGACAUCAGCGCCAGCACGCGAGAUUCGUCGUCCCCCGACUGGUGGAUGGAGGACCUUUUGCGCCUCCCCUGCGGCGUCUUCGAGCGCGUCAUUGCCGCAAUUCGCCGGCAGGGAAUGCAGGAGAAGUAUGUGAGCCAAGCCAUCGUGAAAUUCGUCGACCGAUGGGUGUUCACCAGCUUAGCGUCCGAUGCCGAGACCACCGUCGUCGUCCCGGAGGAGCAUGUGAAGCCGAGCGCAGUCUGUCUCCCGCCCUCGUGCAAUCAGUAUAAUCUCGUGGAAGCCGUCGUGAGGCUGCUCCCUGCGGAGAAGGACGCUGUGCCGAUCAGCUUCCUGUUCUCGUUACUGCGAUGCGCCCUGGCCUGCGGCUCGAGUGCCGAGUGCAAGAAUCAGCUGGAGGCCAGAAUUUCGUCGCAGCUCGAGCUGGCCACCAUCACGGAUUUCCUGUACCCGUUCAAGAUCGCGGAGGACAGCUGCAUUUCCGCAGCCGAGGUGAGCUGUAUGAGGCGAAUCGUCACAUCGUUCAUGGCGCAGCAGAGGGCUUUGAGCGACUGCACCGACGGCCUGCCCAACAUUUCAGCUGACGAAACCCCCGAGAACGCCUACUGCGUCUACGCCGUCUCAGCCGUCGCCAAGGUGUGGGACGAGUACUUGGCCGAGGUGGCCCGCGAUCUGAGCCUCUCUCCCUCCAAGUUCUUGGAACUCGCGGAGGUCAUUCCCUCCUAUGCCCGUGCCACUCACGAUCAUCUCUACCGGGCCAUUCACGUCUACUUGAAGGUGCACCCGCAAUUCUCUCAAGAGGAGAGGCAAAUGGUGUGCAGAAUAUUGAACUGUCAAAAAUUGUCACAAGAAAUGUGCACACACGCUGUCCAGAACGAGCUCAUGCCAUUGAGAAUGAUAGUCCAAGCGAUGUUCAUGCAGCAAUUGCAAACUCGCAACGUACUCAGCGCUAACUUGCAGUGCACCGGCGGGUCCAUGCGGCUGGACAAUCUACCGCCGCUCUCGAGCGGAGCCUCGUUCCGCAAGAACAGUCUGGCGUAUCACAUACAGUCCGAGUCGUUCAGGUCCACGCGGGAGUCGUUCCAGUCGAGGGGAGACGAUUCGUUCAGGAUCGACGAGAACGAGCUGGCGGACGGAGUGGUGUCUCUGGGCUACAUUCUGAAAAGAGAUGCUGCUUUUCGACAAGCGGCUCUUCUCAAGGCCGACUACGAGGCGACGGAAACGAGGUUGCAAAGCUUGGAGGAGGAGCUGGCCUUCAUGAAGCGGAAGAUGGACGGCACUCCCGUGCACGUCAAAUGCGGGUCCGAGAGACUGAGCCGAGGCACCUACAAUCUAACAGGAGGCGACACGCGAUCGAGAAAAGCUAGCGGCGCAAUACCGCAGAGUCAGGUCCUCACCGCAGUGCCGGAGGCCAGCACCAACUCUGACGAAGAUGAAGCUCCGGCCUCCCAGAUCAAGCUCUCUGCCAGGGCUGGGGUGGGCUUCCUGGCGCGAGCUCUUCGAGUGUUCGCUCUGACGGGAUUCCGUAGGAGGCGAGGCGAUGGCGACGCUGGAUACUCAGAGUACUCAAAUCACGUCAUGUGCUCGGGGAGAAACCUGUGGCCCAACGAGGACAACAUUAAACCGAGGGUCCGGGCUCCGAGCGACCGUAGAGCGACCGCUGCUGUCGUCGACUCGAGCUGCGGGCCGACAGCGAGCGCAUCUAAGCAUAGGCACUCGAGACGUCACUCGCUGUCCUGAGGACGUGCCGAGAGAAUCCUGCUAUCCGAGCGUGUACUCUGCGCGGCUGAGAUCCCCAUCGGACGAGAGCAACAUGAGGGAGGGUGAGCGAGAGUCAGAGAACUUAAUGUGGAGGCCGAACGUGAGGUCACUCCACAGAUGCUGUUGCUGCCGCUGCGGUUCUCUUUCCCUGCAUUUCAGAGAACGGCCCAAUUCUCGUGUUUGUUACUCGAUCGAGCCUGUAGAUACCGUCAUCUGAAGCUGAAAAGAUUCCAGGUCCUCAGGAGGAGGGCCACUCAAGGAGAUGACCGAAUCUGAAGCACUGGAGGGAUGCCUGUUCUCGGUGGUCUUGAUUUAGCUUAUGGGCUCCUUAAUCUUCUAAUCUAAUCCAAUCUAAUCUAAUCUAACUUGUCUCGAUGGUAAACUAACGUACGUAAAUUAUAAAAGUAGAUUUCUCUGUACAUUUCUGACAGAUUUUUGAAACAUGAAAUUCAGUCCCAUGGAGAAAACGGCAUAAGAUUUUUGAGUAAACCUAGGAGAUGGUUAGUUACCUAGCUACUAGUAGAGGGCGAACUCGAGUCUGUACAUUUGCUAGUUACAUACGUUCCCAAGUCUGAGUGUAGUAGAGGCCCCAGGCAACACAUGAUGACAUUGCAUUCCAAGAUGAAAGUAAAUGAUUUCGUCU